AUGAUCGCUCGAAAAUGUAAAAUACCUCUUAAGGAGAAAUUGAAUAUAAUUAAUCAAUGUGAUAGUCUAAGUCGUGAUUAUGUAGCUCAACAACAUCUUCUUUCCCCUCAAGCAGUGAAUUAUAUAAUCAAAAAUUCGGAAAAGUUCAUCAAAGCUUACAAUGAAAGUCCAUCAAAAGAUUCAAAAGGUGUCAGAACUGAAUUUCCAUUGGAAGAACUAGAGAGAGAAGUCAGUGAAUUUGUUUUGAAAUUAAACAACAGUGGAAUAUCAGUUCAUGGAGAGGAAAUACGUUGUUAUGCAUUAAGAAUUGCUAGUGAUAAAGGUUUGACUAAUUUCAAAGCUUCUAAAGGUUGGCUACAAAAUUUUGUUAAAAGAAAAGGAAUUAAGUCACUGAAGCUGAAUGGACAAGAAGGACUGGUAGAUGUUGAAAUUACUAAGAAAUGGUUUGAAGAAAUUAAAAUUGAAUUGAAUAAUUAUUCUGAAUAUUGUUUGUUGAAUGCAGAUGAAACAUCUUUCGAGUACCAUAACCAAGCACGUCAAUCAUACAUCCAUCCUGAUGGUAACACUAAAAAUGUGAUAGAGAGAAAAGAAAGAGUAACAUUAUUCUUCUGUGUAUCAAGUGUUGGUGAAAAAUUUAAACCUUUAGUUAUUGGUAAAAGUAAAAAACCUCGAUGUUUUAAAAACAAACAAAAUAUUAUUGAAAAAGUCAAUUACCGGUCAAAUCAAAAAGGAUGGAUGACAUCAGUCAUUUUCACUGAAUGGUUGAUUGAAAUGGAUGGUGUAUUCCGGGAAAGGCAACAAAAAGCUAUUCUUUUUCUUGAUAAUUUUUCUGGACAUUCAACAGAAUAUGAAGCAACAAAUAUUAUUUGA